GUUAUUUCCAGGAAGCUAGCUAGAGAGUCACUGAUCACAAUCCUAUUUGUCAAUAUCAACUAAAAUAACUGGUCAAUUGCUUCGUUUGAAAGUUUUUAAUCCAAAUCAAAUCAAGCUCAGAUCACCAAAAUCUUGAGAUCCCUCACCGGUGUAUUUAAAGGUAAGAGCCCAUGUUCAGUAUUUUCUCGAGCUCAUAUUUUAACCAAAAUAACGUUGAGAAAUCUGUAAUUAAUUAGUAUUAUCUGAAUGAUGAAUACUACUACUACUACUACUACUACUAUUCCUAGUAAGGAAUCACAAGUACUUCCAAUCCCAGAUGAAUGGCUGGAUUACUUCUAUCACCAGCAAUUUAACGGCGUCAACAAUUUCGACGUUCCUUUUGCCGGAACUGCCGUUUCCGAGGAUUCCGGCUUCGGAGAUAAAACCAUUGGCUUCUUUGAUGCUCCCGGCUCGGAUGCAGCCGCGGGUACCGAGAGAUCAGCCGCCGCCAGCUCCGCUACGGUGAUCAGUCUUGAGAAUUCAGCAACGGCGGCGGGUGAUGACAGUAAUAAUAAUGUGGAUUUGAGCCCAAAAGGUGGUAUAGGGAAACAAGUGAAAAGGAGGACGAGGGCUUCCAGGCGGACGCCGACGACUUUAGUCAACUCCAGCAUCAAGAAUUUCCGAUCAGUUGUUCAGCAGUACACUGGUUUCCGGAGUUCAACUGCGUCAGGGUUCAACAGCGUCGACGGAAAAGGGCCCAUCACCUUGAACUUUGGUGCGCCCCAAUGAUCGGAAUAAACGAUUCUCCGGUUAAGUUCUUCAAAUUAUCAUGUUCGAAAUGACUGACAUUUCAAAUUUUCUAAUCUGCUAAACUGUUGAUUCCACAUUGCAUGGACUAAUUGCUAAACUGUGGGCGUAUUUUGGGUCAAAGGCUGCCGAUGGACAUUUGCCUGCGGGUGCGGCGCGUUAAUUCCUCACAAAAAUUAGCGAGGGGUUUAUCCUUCGGAUUUAAUGUAUCGUUUUUUCGAGUAACAUAUGUAUAUCUAGCAAUUUUUGUUCUUUAUUCACAAUUAAUUGAAUUUUCAUUUUUAUGCUUAUGGUCUAAUGAAACGGUGAGUAAAAGUAAGUGAUGUAGGCGUUAAACAGUUAAAUAGUCUUAUUACAAAUCCGAAGAGUCUUACAAAAGAAUUUUCGCUCGUAAUUGAAAGAAAAUUCUUCCCGAAGAUUUUUUUUUUUUUUGGUACAUAUUUUUGUUGCCCUACAUGCACCCAAUAUUUACGGUAUUAUUUUCGAGCAAUUGUUGCAGUUUUAUUUUUAGUGCAGCGGAUUAAUCAAAAUGUGUACGUUUAUGAUUUCUUAUUUAUGCCCAAAAUUAACCUUUUUUUUGGGUAUAAACCUCUCAUAAUCAUAUUUGUACUCAAGUAUCUUUUGCUUCCUUGACUUUUUGGAUUUGCGUGAAGAACUCAUACUCCCGAAGUUUAAAAGGGAAAGGAGAAAAAAGAACUACUCCUUGCAUUUGACGAAUCUUGAAUUUGUACGGUGUUUAGGACGGGCGGCGAUGAUGAUCUAAGCGGCGGCAGAC